CAGGUUUGUAUCAUUUCGACACCGAUCAUAUGAGCUCAGUAAUCAGUACCUAGUUCUACCUGGUUCUACCUAUUUAAACCUAGGUAAUCUCCGCUGGUACUUGUACUGUUUGGGGGACUCACCUUUGUGAGUGCGCUCGCUGUUUCCCUUCAAACAGGUUUGACCAGGACACUCCUGCAGGAAAUAAAGGAAGCUCUGUUCACCGCGACGGUGUUCUUUACUCCAACUUCGAUCGCCGUGGCUGACGGGCGUCUUUUUGCUUCUUCGUUUUUAGGUUUUAUUAAUUUCAUCAUGACAAUUUGGAUUGCUCUCGUUCUUGCUACCUUUGCAGUGGGAGCUUCUGCUCAAAGCUGUACAUGUCCCACUAUGAAGUGGGCCGUUUGUGAAGGAACAGCACCACCAUGUUCAUGUACCCUUCAGGUCAGCGAUAACGUGAAGCAGCCAGUGGACUGCACCAAAUUGAUCGCUAAGUGCUUCUUGAUGAAAGCUGAGAUGUUCAGAGCUAGAAAGGGCUUGAGCACUCGUUCAAUAGGAGGAAAACCAGUGGAGACUGCCUUUGUGGACAAUGAUGGCAUCUAUGACCCAGACUGUGAGAACGAUGGCAAAUUCAAGGCCAGGCAGUGCAACAACACAGAAGAGUGCUGGUGUGUGAACAGUGCUGGUGUUCGUCGAACGGACAAGGGAGAUAAGAACCUCGUAUGUGACAAGCUGGUGGAGACCUAUUGGAUUCGUCUUCAGCUGUCACACAAACCACUUUCAACUCCAGUGACUGCUGCUGAUUUGACACCUGCCAUUAAAGAUGCCAUUGGGAAACGCUACCCCAACUUCAACACAGCGAUGGUGGAAGAUGUCCGGUAUGACCCUGAUGCUGGCAUGAUUGUGGUGGAUGUGAAGAAGCCAAAAGAAGACCGCACGACUGACCUACCCACUAUGGCCUACUACAUGGAGAAAGAUGUGAAGAUACUGCCCCUAUUCUUGAACCCGGACAAGUUUGCACCAACUGUGAACAGCCAGCAGCUGGAGAUGUCGAACAUCCUGGUGUACUAUGUGGAUGAGGUGGCACCGACUUUCACCAUGAAAAAUCUGUCUGGUGGAAUCAUCGCUGUCAUUGUGGUGGUGGUGUUGGCUGUUGUUGCUGGCCUGCUGAUCCUGUUCUUUGCCAGAAAACGACAGAAUAAGAAGUACAACAAAGCUCAGCAAAGAGAGAUGGAGCCCAUGUAAAGUCUUCAUCACAGCAGGAGCUUGUGAAACUCGUACAUCACCUUUUGGAUGAACAUUUUUGCAGUGGGAGUGCUUUUUCUUUCACAGUUUUAUUUGAGGAAUGGAGAUUUCUUUACAAUCAACUUUCUUUUUUUUUUUUAAUAUAAAUGUGUAGUCUUCAUCCAGUCUAUAUGCCAUAAAAACUGUGCUUUUAAAACUA